AUGGUUCUUGGACGCCUUACCCACUACGCCUUUGAUGCUGUGCUCUUCUCGGCUUUCUUGGCCGGAGUAAAGCGCUCGACCGGUCUAACACCUAGUUUCAAAACCGACAAGGCCUCCGGGGAGAACAAGGAAAUGGCGAAGUGGAUUGACAAGUACCUCGGUGUCGGUGAGUGGGUGAUGGACCAGAGCAUCGCUGUUGCGGCCUCGAGCGGCUGGUUUGAACGCAAGCGAUGA